UCAGUGUGUCCUGGUUCCUCAACACCUGAUGAAGACUAUGUCAGGUGAAGGGAAGUGGACUCGCUGUAGAUGUUUAGAAUAUUUAUUUACUGACAAAGUGAGUAAUUAAGUAACGUAAUGACCCCAACACUGGCUGCAACCAUACCCUAAUGUGAUCGCUGAUGUUAGGCACAUGGAAGUGACAUCAUUAGUGGGGAGAAGGUCCCAAGGAACUCAAUGUUGUAUAUGGUCUCAGUGCAAAACAAAAAUGGUCAUAUAUGUGGAGGAUUUCUGAUCACCGAAGACUUUGUUGUCACCGCUACACACUGUGACAAUGAAUACCCCACGCACGUUGUUCUCGGUAAUCACAAUCUCAACCAAGGCCAAAAAAUAAGAAUCAAUAAAAAAUUCAAGACUAGAUUUUAUCUAAGUGUUUUACUGGGCGACGACAUCAUGCUCCUUAAACUUUCUAGAAAAGCUCAGCUAAGCGACAAAGUAAAAAUAAUUCAACUUCCAAGAGCUAAAAUAAACCUAAAAGAAAAUGAAGUGUGCCAAGUGGCUGGAUGGGGAAUAACGGAAAAUGGUGCUCUAACCAAAAUACUGAGGGUGGUGGAUGUACCUGUCAUUAACAAGAAAGUCUGUAAGAAACAAUAUUCUGUCAUAAAUAUACGUCUUCCCGCCAACGUUAUCUGUGCAGGUGGCUACCCCACACACAAGGGAUUCUGCCAGGGUGAUUCAGGUGGUCCUCUGGUGUGCGCAGGAUUAGCUGUUGGUGUUGUUUCUUUUAAAAACGGCAAGUGUAACUACCCUAAAGCACCCAAUGUUUAUACAGACAUCUCAAAAUACCUCCUAUGGAUCAAUGCAAUUCUGAAAAACCCAAAUAGUUAUUUGUAAAACUACAAUUGUUUUUCUGCUGUAUUGCUUCAUUUUGCUGUCUUUUUCUUUGUGUGACCAAAAAAAAGAAAUAAAAAUUGUAUCUGCUAGUCCACGGUCUGGUUUUAUUAGUAACAAUAUCAGAAGGGGAAUAUUUCAUUAAAAAAAAUAACAAGGGAGUCCAGAAAAUAAUUUGGUGUCACAUGAAGAAUAAGCAACAUAUAGUACUAAUCAUCAUCAAUCGUCAAAGCAUUUUAUUAUUUUUUUGCAAUUUAUUUGGCAGCUAAUGAGAAACAAACUAAAUACUAAUGAAUACUGAAUGUGACAUGACUGCUGAGUGAGCAACAGCUAUAACCGUAAA